GAUCGAACACUCUGGGAACCGUUACAGGGAGAUGUCAGUUAACUCAACUAAUUAUGCUGUCACUGGACUGAGAUGUCUCCUCUGGGGAGAAGAAGGCGAUAUAUCAGAAUGCAAAUCAAAUGAAUGGAAUUCUGCGUCCUACUGUCGUAGCACCCAACCUCUUGAGAUAGAAUGCAAUACAGCCAUUUCUCUCCAAGAAGGGUCAAACCGAAAUAUCGGAAGGGUUCGAAUUACAUACAUAGACUAUUACAGCUACGGAGGUAUCUGUGGAGAUAAUUUCACACUUGACAACGCCGAUGUCAUUUGCAGAGCAAUUGGUUCAGAAACGUUCAGGAAUGCAACGAUCUAUUACGGAAACAAGUUCGGUUCUUAUGACAAUCCGAUCGAGGGUUUAAGAUGCCUAGGUAACGAAACUGACUUACAAGAAUGCAAGUCCUUUCCUUGGACAAAAACGUCAAGACGUUGCAGUUAUUCCAAUAACACGAUCGCUAUUAACUGUCGUCCUCACACGCCGAUAAGACUCCAUGGAACAGAAUCAUCUGGCUUGGUAGAAUUUAACUACAACAACAAUUGGGGUACUAUAUGUUAUGAAAAGUUUGAUAAUAAAGAUGCGAGUGUUAUAUGCAAGAUGCUUGGCUACAAAAAAGGAGAAACUGGAGAUCCGAUUUUAACCAAUAGGUCUGAUGCGUUAAUAAGGAACUUGGAAUGUACCGGGACAGAGAAUGAUAUCUCUGAAUGUGGACCUAGUUAUUCUUGGCGUUACCCUACAAAAUGUAAUGGUGCUGACCAAAGAAAAGCAACAGUUAAAUGCUCAAAUGACAGGGUUCGUUUAGUUGAUGGAGUAAACGAUUAUAUUGGAAGAGUUGAAUUCAAGUUCAUAGAUAUUUGGGGUACAGUAUGCGAUUUACAUUUUGAUGCUCAUGAUGCUGAAGUGGUGUGCCGGCAGAUAGGCUUGGAAGAGAAAAAUGCAACUAUAUACAACAACUCCCGAUUUGGCCAACUGAACAGUCCAUUGACGGUAGAUGAUUUACAAUGUACAGGCGACGAAAGUGAUCUUGAUGAAUGUGAUUCUUAUCCUUGGAAAUCUAAUAGCUAUAGGUCAUGCUUUUCUAAUAACAGAAAUGUCGGAGUCAAUUGCAGACCAAAAACUCCAGUAAGACUCGUAAACGGCACUGGAAAGUACAACGGUCGUCUUGAAGUUAUGUACAGGGAAACGUAUGGGACAGUGUGUGACAGAGAUUUUGAUCUGAUGGAUGCAAAAGUAAUUUGCAGGACUUUGGGUCACAAUACAAUGAGCGUUGGGUUCAAGAACCAUGCAUUUUAUGGAAAAGGAACGGGAGAUAUCGUUAUAUCAAAUCUACAGUGCAGUGGUACGGAACCUGACAUCUCAAACUGCAACACACCUUAUCGAUGGGCAUCUCCACAUGCAUUUUGCAAGCAUGACGAUGACGUUUCUGUACAAUGUGACACACCCGUGCGUCUGCGCGGUGGAUGGACAGCUUAUGAUGGACUAGUUGAAGUUUAUAUAAAUGGUUCCUGGAAGGCGGUUUGUCGUAAUGGAUUUACCCAAGAAGACGCAACAGCUAUUUGCAGUAUUACAGAGUCAAGAAAAGAUUAUGACAGCCACAGGAAGAUAUCAAUCCAUGAAGGAAGGUUCUAUGGUCUAGAUACCAACUUAGCUUCUCUGAGUUCUCUAGGAUGUAAUGGAAAAGAAAAUGACUUAUUUGCGUGUGGUUCUGCGGAGUGGACGAAAGCCGUCAAAUCUUGCAAUACACAAGACAACGUUGCUAUCAACUGCCGGCCAGAAACAUAUAUAAGGCUUGUUAACAAAGCUGGAAGUAAGAUAAAUCUCGAAGGGCGUGGAAAGCGCGCUGUGUCAGGGAGAAUUGAACUAUUCUAUAAACAUAGUUGGGGCACUAUCUGUGAUGACCAGUUUGAUGAAAGCGAUGCUUUAGUUCUCUGUAGAAUGCUUGGGUUUACUGUUGGUAAAGUCUAUCGGACAAAUGACGCCGACGGCAUGGGACAGGGUAAUGGUAGAAUUUUGAUUGAUGAUCUUAAUUGCAUCGGUACAGAAGAUGACAUUUCUGAGUGUAGAUCAAGAGAAUGGGGAGUCCAUAACUGUGAACAUUCUGAAGACGUUUGCAAUAACUUGUGAUUACAUAGAAAACAUUGAUCCGUGCAAACCAAAGGAAAACACCAGACUACCGAACCUUGAAGUUCGAUAUGCUAAUAUACAUACUGCUGAACUGAAAAGGAUAUAUAAUGAUUCUAAACUGCCACUUCGAUGGUAUAAUGUUGGAAACAAUACCUUUCCUGAAAAGGCACCUCCAUUAGACCACUGUGGAACACAUUUUCCAAUAUACAGCAAAGAUCGAGUGCCCGAUCAAAUAGGUCCAGUCACUAUUAAAGCGACUCAAGUAGGAAAUUCAAGUGUGAAUUACAACAUACUCGCAAAACACUGCAGUAAUGGUGAUUACGUUUACAGACUUGGUCCAACCCACAACGAUCAAAGUGGAUACUGUU